AUGUGGAUGAAUAAACUGGUCAAAUAUCGAUUUUCCAACGUUUUUGGGCUUUACAAGAAAAGGCUUUGUGAUGAAUCAUUAGGAUCGGUAAAACAGUUUGACAUACUGCCGAAUAGUACGAUAUUUCAUUCUACCCGUUCUCGAAAAACAUAUGUAACUGCUAGAACGCUCGUACGUAAUAUUGUAAUUCAAAAGUUUUACUCAACUCACAAGCUAUAUCUAAAUAAUCAGUCGACCUAUGCCAAUGCUCAUAGAGCCUAUGACAAGUUCGAGAUAAAGGGUAUACCCAUAGAUGCGCACACAUUAAGACGGAUAAUUAACUCCAGUGGCACGAACGAACAAGAAUUCUCUAAAAGCGUUAAUUAUCUAUUCAUGAAAAUCGUUAACUCUGGAAACAGAGAAAUUUUACCGUUAGGAGACCUGUCUCUUCUUCUGAACAAACUAUAUUCCCAACGGUUUGAAAUUAGGCUGAUUUGUAAGGAAAUUAACGUCAAAUAUUCGGAAUUUUGGUUCAAACUCUUCUCUCUAUAUGCGGAAAAAGUUGACACAAGGAGGGACCAGGUCAAUUUACGAAAUACAGCAUUAGAUUCAUGUGAGAUUUUUGAUUUGAAUCUCCUGAUCAAAAACUUUAUAGAGCUUGGUCAAUUAAGUAAAGCUCAGAAAAUCCUGAGCUUUAUUCUCGAUAGAAAUCCCGAUAUACUGCUCUCCCCAAGAAAUGCAGAUAUUGGCACAAUAGUGCACUUUUUACAAUUACGUUGUGGUGCCUUGACAGCUUACUGGAAGAUUCCAGAUAAUAGCGGGAGAAAACAAAAUCAAUUACGGAGAAUGGUUCGAUUAGGCGCGAAAAAUACGUCAAUUCGUCUCUCAUCUACCUAUAAAGCCAUGGACCAUCAAACGUUAUUGAAAAUUGCCGAUCUUGUGUUGCAGGAUAAAAGGUUUUUGAAUUCUGAGGAUUUGUUAUCCACUUUAAUUCAAUCGUUCGGGCAUUUGGGACAGACUCAAAUAUUGGAAAGGUGUAUCGAACACAUAUGGCAAAUAUCGUCACAAGAAUUUCCUAGUCAUGUAGCAAUCAAGCCUCGCGGAUGUUAUCCUAGCUCCAAAAUUCUUAUUUCAAUUUUGGUGUCAUUCCAUUUAAAUGACAAAGAUCUUCAUAGAGGUCUGAGUAUCUUAGAUUCUUUCAUAAAACACUAUCCCGAAGUGAAAUUAGAUGCGUUAUUUUGGAGGAGAUUGUUGCAAUUGAGCCAUUUUGCCUGGACGCCGGUGAAUGACAAAAGGGCCGCUUCUAUUGUUAAAUGUUGGCACUUAAUGAAACAUUGGUACGAAUCCAAAGAACUAAGUCCUUCGGUUGAUUAUGAGACGUUGAGACAAUUAUAUGAAGUUAUGAAGAAAACGGGCAAUUUUUCGCUUGGUAUUGAUGUUUUGAAGAGUUUCAAAUCAGGAAUUGAAAAAAUGAGGACUGCAAACCCUGAAAAACUUGAAGCUAUCCUUAUCAAGUACCAAAAAUGUAUUAUUAAACAACUUGUAAAUAGAGGUAAAAUUUCAGCGGCGAGGAAGUUUAUUGGCGACUUUGGAUUUAAUAGAAGAGCAGCCAAAGAUUUGAACAUUUUUUGUUCGAACCGUAUAUUCUCGAGGAGUAAGAAAAUAAAAAACGAUAUUGAGAAUAAGAAGAAGAGAGAUGGAUUGGCGCCGGGAAACUAUGAUGAUGAUGAAGAUGAUGGUAUGAUUAUAGGUAGUUUGUGGUAA